AUGACAGCCGAGGCAGUGUCAGGGUUCUUGAAGUCGCGUAUAAGGACUCGUAGCUUUGCUAAGCUUUCCCUCGUUACGCGCAGGCGACACUCCAUUUCUUCGGUUUACACCUUCAACGUUGGUCAGGAUUUCGUGGAACAGGCGAGGGAUUAUGGGCAGGACCUGGUUCUGAGAAUGGUGAAUUGGGGCUGGAUGCUGGCAGUCGGGGAAUCUACGUCCUUGCUGCUGGCUCUGUGCUCCAGGGCAAUCUCGGAGGGCACUGAAGUAUUGCAUUCGUCUCUCGCAAUCUGCUUGCGAGACCCCUUUAGCAAUCCUGGAGCUUCCAAGGGUCCCAACGCGCCACAAUGCCAGCAGAGAGCACAUUCCUUCGCUGCUCUCUCUGGCUCGCCCACUGAUGUUCUCUCUGUCCUCGCUCAACCAGUGCCAGCUCGGCCAGCAACUUGCACUUGCACCACUGGAAGAGAGACUUUCAACCCACGUGACGGAGCUUUCCCCUUACAGCUUUCCGGCAGAUACUUAUCAGAGUUGGUCUGCGCAUGCGUUCAUCCUGUCUUUCGCGACCGGUUUCUAAAAUUGAAGUACGAGCACUUGGGCGUUACGGUGUCCGACAAGCGUACCAAGCGAAUAUGGGCUCGUAUAGGGCAAACACCUUCAAUCGCAAAUGUGGUCAAGCAAGUUCGAUUGCAGCCCUGGCUUGUUCAACCAUGGACUCCCUCUCCUCAAAGCCGCACCGAAGUCGCCCUCACGCACGUCGCAGCCUUCUUUGACCCUCAUUACACAAAGAAGCAGGCGGACCACCGCCUCCAGAAGCGUCUGUCCAAAGACAUCCAACGCGUACAGACAAUGCUUUUUGCGUUAUCCUCCGUGCAGAGCUACCAGCUAGAAUGGGACGGGAAGCAGGAAUACCACCCGCAGUUAUUCAGUGCAUUCCUCGUUCCAGUAUUGUCCCACUGGCGAAUGCAUCUGCGUAGGUUGACCUUGUACCUACCGUUCCCCUUCUAUGGAGCCUUGGCGCAGAUUCGGCUCCCUGAACUCGAGUACAUCUCAGUCUGCUUCGACACCGGACGUCUCGAUUCCAACGCGGUCAACGUCACUUUGGAUGCUUGGUUGGUUUUCCUCCACAACCUGAAGGAUACCCUCCGCGCCCUGUCCAUUCGGUCGACCGCUCCUUCGGAAGGUUUAGAUCUCGGCCGUCUCUUUCGCUAUAUGGGGACGUUCCCUCGCCUGCGUUCCCUCUCCCUCAAUAUCCCAUUCGACGGUGGUCACCUGCCUACCCCUAUCCCCUUCUCACGAUUCCUUGCCAAGCAUUCCGAGACCCUCGAACAUCUAGCGCUGCGCACUGCCCGUCCCGCAAUGCGCGAAACACCUACCAAACCCGACUCCCAGAAUUGGAUCCAAUCCAUCAUGAAUUCUGUUCAGGCGCCUCUUCGUCGACUUGAGGCGUUGGACAUCGCCCUUCGGCCUUUGCGAGCACCCCUGGACCCCUUGCGUGCUUUCCUUCGCCUUCACUCCACUACCAUACGGGCGCUCAAGUUGACAGAUCGGAUUCUGACACCUGACCAGAUACAACAUUCCAUCAUCGCACCGCUUACCAUCACCUCCGCGGCAUCCAACGCACAUUCUAUUGGGUUAAAGCGCCUGGACGUUAGUGUCUACGUCCUGAGCCCGUACCUGCUUCGAAUGUUAGCUUCCAACAUUCCGCAGUUGAAUACACUCGAGUUGCGCUUUCCGGAAUGCAAUCGGAAUCCGGGUCUCUUUCAUAGCGAGCUCCGGGACUCGGACGUGGUUAUGACGCAGUGGGCGCUAAAGCGCUUUAUCAUGCCUGCCGGACCUAAUCGUUUGUGGAUCCGUUCCUUGGGCCCUGUCCUGGAGGAAUGCAUCCCCGCUAUUGAGUCUGUUGAGGAGUUGCGAGAGUAA